GAGCAGCUGCAACAGUGUGGUUGUUAGCGAGUCUCUGCUUUACAUGAUGUUUGCAAACUACACAUGUGAAAUUAUAAGUUGUCCCUGAGUUGACUGGUGCGCAAAGACAGUUGCGUCUUCCAAGGCGAAGUCGUCCAUGACUGGACUGGUGCGUGUGGACAGUGUCUUCUCCAAGGAGGCUCGGUGCUACCGGCUGCUGAACUGAUGCCAAAUUGACAAUGACGAUUAAGAAGGAAGAGGAGAGACUAAAUCCGUUGGUAGAGCGACUCAAUCCGCUGGCGACUGCAAGGUUUCUGUCAAGGUUGUUUUUGUGCUGGUUAACCCCAUUACUGCACCUUGGCCACAAACAGAGGCUGGAGGAAAGUGACAUGUACAGCAUUCUUUCAGAGGAUCGGUCUGAAAUACAGGGAGAGGAACUACAGCGAGUUUGGGACCAUGAAGUUAAAAAAGCUCCAAAGGAACUUCAGAAGCCAAAACUCACCAGAGUUCUUAUUAAGUGCUAUGGGAGGUCCUAUGCAGUGGCUGGGUUAUUUGCAUUUUCACUGGAGGCAAUUAAAGUGAUUCAACCACUUCUUCUGCGGGAAAUUAUCCUCUACUUUGAGAAUUAUGACCCAGACGACCAGAGAAGUCUUUACAUGGCGUACGUUUACGCUGCUGUGAUGUCCCUCUCCACCUUUGGACUGACUCUCCUUCAACAUCUCUACUACUACCACGUCCAAAGAACAGGCAUGAAGAUGAGAGUGGCCAUGUGUCACAUGAUAUACAGGAAGGCUCUCGGUCUCAGCAGUGAAUCCAUGGGGCGAACAACCACCGGACAAAUUGUGAACCUCCUUUCAAAUGAUGUCAAUCGUUUUGAUGAGAUUACACUCAAUCUGCACUACCUGUGGGUGGGACCUCUUCAAGCGAUGGUGAUCAUCACUUUGCUUUGGUAUGAGAUUGGCCCCUCAUCUCUGGCAGGUGUGGCUGCCAUCGCCAUCAUGAUGCCUGUACAGACCUGGUUUGGGAAGCUUUUUGGCAUCUUCAGGAGCAAAACGGCAGUCCUUAGUGACAGUAGAAUCCGCAUCAUGAACGAAGUGGUGUCUGGCAUCAGGAUCAUCAAGAUGUAUGCCUGGGAGAAACCAUUCUCAUCUCUGGUUACUGAAGUCAGAAGGAAAGAAAUCAGUCAGAUAUUAAAGAGCUCCUACCUACGAGGACUCAACAUGGCCUCCUUCUUUGCCAGCAGCAAGAUCAUCGUCUUUGUUACCUUCACUGUCUAUGCUCUCCUGGGCAACAGCAUCACUGCCAGCAGUGUUUUUGUCACAGUUUCCCUCUACGGUACAAUCAAGCUCACAGUCACCCUGUACUUCCCGCUCGCCAUCGAGAAGCUGUCAGAGUCUGUUGUCAGCAUUCGCAGGAUUAAGAAUUUCCUCAUGCUGGAAGAGGUGGAGAGAAAAAACCUUGGGAUACCUCUGGAGGAAAAGAAGGAAAACUCCAUUGAGAUUGAGAAGGUGACCUGCUACUGGGAUAAGAGUCUGGAUGCUCCAGCUCUGCAGGACGUCUCUGUCAAAGUGAAGUCACACCAACUUCUGACUGUAAUUGGCCCAGUGGGGGCUGGAAAGUCAUCCCUGCUGAGCGUCAUCCUGGGAGAGCUUCCUCAUGACAGAGGGACGACAAAGGUCAAUGGUCAGCUGUCCUAUGCUGCCCAGCAGCCCUGGGUGUUUCCUGGAAGUAUUCGCAGUAACAUCUUGUUUGGGAGAGAGCUGAACCCCCAGAAGUAUGAGAGAGUCCUGAGAGCCUGCGCUCUGAAGAAGGACCUGGAGCUGCUCCCAGAUGGAGACCUGACACUGAUCGGAGACAGAGGAGCCACACUCAGCGGGGGGCAGAAAGCUCGUGUCAACUUGGCGAGGGCUGUGUAUCAGGAUGCAGACAUCUACCUAUUGGACGACCCUUUAAGCGCUGUGGAUGCUGAGGUUGGGAGACAUCUGUUUGAACAGUGUAUCUGUGGGCUGCUGAAGAACAAGUCUCGUGUCCUGGUCACGCACCAGCUGCAGCAUCUGAGGGCAGCCAACCAGAUUCUGGUCCUCCAGGAGGGUCAUAUCAUGGCCCAGGGUACCUACAAUGAGCUGCAGUGCUCUGGCCUCGACAUUGUGUCUCUGCUGAAAAGCGACGAGGAGCAGGAGCGAUGGUCUCGAUCAGCUGAACCAGACAAACUGUCGUUACACAGCCAGAGGACUGUUCGCUCGCACAGUUCACACUGUUCUAACAGCAGCCUUCUGCCACCAGAGAGCAACUGGACUGACCAGCUUCCUGUUGAUACUGUUCGUGUCAUGGCAGAGGAGACUCGAGUUGAAGGAAAUGUUGGCAGCCACAUUUAUCUCAAGUACUUCACUGCAGGCUGUAACCUUCUGGUGUUAUUGCUUAUAUUACUGCUCAGCGUCGUAGCUGAGAUUGCAUAUAUUCUGCAGGACUGGUGGUUGGUAUACUGGGCAAGAGAGGAGUGUUUUAACAACACAGCCAGUGCUGUUAGCAUUAGAAAUGACAUUAAUGCUACUACCUCAGAUCAAGGGUUAAAUCUCACAUUUUACCUUGGCAUUUAUUCAGGUUUGACAGCAGCUGCUGUGGUCUUUGGUUAUGCCAGGAGUUUAGUGAUCUUUCAUGGGUUGGUGAAAUCAGCUCAGACUUUGCACAACAGCAUGUUUAACGCUGUCAUCCGCACGCCUGUUCAAUUCUUUGACGUCAACCCCAUAGGAAGAAUUCUCAACAGGUUUUCCAAAGACAUCAGUCAGAUGGACUCCAUGUUACCCAUCACCUUUGUGGACUUUUAUCAAUUAUUUUUGCAGAAUGUUGGAGUGAUUGCGGUGGCGGCCUCAGUCAUUCCUCUCAUCCUUAUCCCCGUCAUUCCUCUGCUUUUUAUCUUCUUGUACUUGAGGCGUUUCUACCUCCAUACAUCACAAGAUGUCAAACGUCUGGAGUCCACAACUCGGAGUCCCAUGUUAUCCCAUCUGUCUUCGUCUCUUCAGGGCCUGUGGACCCUCCGAGCCCUCCGAGCUGAGGACAGGUUAAAGAAAGCCUUUGAUGCACAUCAGGACCUGCACUCAGAGGCAUGGUUUUUGUUCCUGAUGACUGCUCGCUGGUUUGCACUCCGCCUUGACAGCAUUUGCUCUGUAUUUAUUACCUUCGCAACAUUUGGCUGCAUCCUGCUCAGAGAUGGGCUCAAUGCCGGAGAGGUGGGCCUGGUGCUGACCUAUGCUAUGACACUGGUGGGAAACUUCCAGUGGACGAUAAGGCAAAGUGCUGAGGUGGAGAACAUGAUGACAUCAGUGGAGAGAGUGGUGGAGUAUACGGAGCUGAAGAGUGAAGCACCCUGGGAAACCCAAAAGCGUCCUCCUCCCGAUUGGCCAAGCCAAGGCCUGGUGACUUUUAACCGGGUGAACUUCUCCUAUGGCGAUGAUGGACCACCGGUCCUCAAAGACAUCAGUGCCUCCUUCCAACCCAACGAGAAGGUUGGUAUUGUGGGCAGGACGGGCGCUGGGAAAAGCUCUCUGGUCUCGGCUCUCUUCCGCCUGGCAGAGCCUCAGGGAAAGAUCUACAUCGAUGGUGUUUUGACCUCUGAGAUUGGCCUUCAUGACCUGCGCCAGAAGAUGUCCAUCAUUCCUCAGGACCCAGUGCUGUUUACUGACACAGUCAGGAAAAACCUGGAUCCUUUCUACCAGCACACUGACGAAGACCUGUGGAAGGCUCUGGAGGAGGUGCAGCUCAAGCCUGUGGUGGAGGAGCUGCCUUGUAAGCUGGAGACCGUUCUGGCCGAGUCGGGCUCCAACUUCAGCGUGGGCCAGAGACAGCUGGUGUGUUUGGCCCGAGCCAUCCUGAGGAAGAACCGCAUCCUCAUUAUCGACGAGGCCACGGCGAACGUGGACCCCAGGACAGAUGAACUGAUCCAGAAAACCAUACGGGACAAGUUCAGAGAAUGCACCGUGCUGACCAUCGCACAUCGUCUCAACACCAUCAUUGAUAGUGACCGGAUACUGGUGCUGGACAGUGGUACCAUCCAGGAGUUGGACCGUCCUUUCACCCUGCUGCAAAACAAAGAGGGCGCACUCUACAAGAUGGUGCAACAGAUGGGCCAGGCUGAGGCAGCCGCCCUGCUGGAGUCAGCCAGACAGGCAGCAAGACUCCAGAUGUAGGUAGUAUCUGAGAACACCUGAGGCCUUCCAUCACGCUCAUAAACAAGAAGACGGCACAUUUUUCCAGAGAUUAUUUGAGGAGAGGCUGUAGUAAUUUAUUUUAAAAGGUAGCCUCCACCCAACAAAAUCAACCUGCUAAUAGUACAAUAAGCUUUUUUUGUAAUAAAGAAUGGAAAUGUACUGAAGCUA